AUGGUGGCCAAGAAAUACUCCACGGAUGCGCCUAACCCCACGAAGUCAUGCAAGGCUCGUGGUUCCGAUCUGCGUGUGCACUUCAAGAACACGCGUGAGUCGUGCUUCGCGAUAAGGCGGAUGGAGCUGGGAAAGGCCAAGAAGUACUUGGAAGAUGUGCUGAACCACAAGCGGUGCAUUCCCUUCCGGCGAUUCUGCGGCGGUGUGGGCCGCACGAGCCAGGCAAAGAACGAGGGCAGCACCACGGGCCAGGGCCGUUGGCCCAAGAAGUCCUGCGAAGUGCUGCUCAACCUGCUGAAAAACGCCGAGAGCAACGCAGAAUCAAAGGGGCUUGAGGUGGACAACCUCUUUGUUUACCACAUUCAAGUGAACAAGGCCCAACAUCAGAGGAGGAGAACCUACAGGGCCCACGGCCGAAUCAAUCCGUACAUGUCUUGUCCAUGCCAUGUGGAGCUGCUGUUGACUGAGAAGGAGCAAGCAGUGAAGCCAGAAGCGGAAGACAAACCCCAGGCAGUGAAGGUGCAGCGCGCAAAGAAGCUGAGGGCUCAGCGACUUAGGUCUGGUGCCCGAUCGGCGCAUGCCAGCUAG